CGUCGCGUCCUUGCGGAUUGUAAAACGACCUGGUUCGCGUCUCCGUUAUCCGCGAUAUAGUGCGUUUUCCUCGUACGUUUCUUGUUGCGCUCGUUACGUGUUCCCGCUUCCGAAUGCAUCGUCACUGAAGUGAACCCUCAGCGCUCGCGGCCUGGAGCGUAGCGUACCAGCUUUCGCCACGCGUCCCAGAAUUACAUCGUGACGCGCGCUGACGACACAUCAAAAAUGGCAGAUUCUGCGCCCAGCAAGGCCGACAUCGAGGAAAUAUUCAAGAGGCUGCGAGCUAUCCCGACUAACAAGACAUGUUUCGAUUGCAAUGCAAAGAAUCCAGCAUGGGCCAGUGUAACAUACGGCGUGUUCUUGUGCAUUGACUGCUCGGCGGUGCAUCGUAGUCUGGGAGUUCAUCUCACCUUUGUCAGAUCCACCCAACUUGACACAAACUGGACAUGGCUGCAGCUGAGGAAUAUGCAGCUGGGUGGUAAUGCUAAUGCUAGAAAAUUUUUUGCACAACAAAACUGUACCAUGAACGACGCCCAACAGAAGUAUAAAUCGCGUGCGGCUAUGCUGUAUAGGGAGAAAUUGAGUCAGGCAUCUGCCCAAGCGAUGCGUCGUUAUAACACAAAGGUCUCCCUUCCUACAUCAAAAAAUAAAACAAUGUUGCAUUUAGAAGACGGCACAGAAAUUGUGUCAGAAGAAAUGAACGAGCCAGAUUUUUUCAAACAACAUGAGAAUUUAGAUUUGCUCCAGAACGAAAUGAUAAUUCCGACAGAAGAAAAGGCAUUCCUCACAUCUAAUACAGUGCCAAGCAAUGACAGAAACAAUACAGAAAAAAGUGCAUCGGAAGUUACCUCUAAUUCCCUGGGACCUUCUGUAAAACUUUUUGAUUCUACCUCAAACAAUCUGCAGUCUGAAAGAAAAUCUACUAUAGGCGGUAGAACAGGUCAAUCCAAACGUCCUGGUGGAUUAGGGAAGAAAACUGGGAGUUUAGGUGCUCAAAGGGUUAAAACUAAUUUUGAUGAACUAGAGAAAAGCGUUGCAGAAGCACAUAAACUGGCACAAGAAAAGAAUAAAGAAGUAACAAAGGAAGAACAAGAGGAACUCGCUACUCGUCUAGCUCAGCGGUACGAACACAAUUUGACUCAACAGGCCAAGAAGGUGGAAGAGAGAGCGAAGCAUCUGGAUCCGUCAAAAGCCUCACAGGUGGAACGUCUUGGAAUGGGAUUUAAUGCACGAAGUGGUGCAACUCACUCCGCCCUUGGGGACAUGAAGACAAUAACGCAGGAAUCGAAAGGAGUAGUGACAUCAAUGGAGGUGCUUUCUGGAGAAACAGAAUCUUUCUUUACUUUAGAUGAAUUUUAUUCGGUUUACGCUAACAGCAAACCGUCUUCGCGCAAUGACGAAAUUGUGGUCGUAGCAGAACCGGAACCGCCUAAACGAUUAGGCCCUUCCACUCGAAGCAUAAUUACGAAGAGCGAUACAAAAAUCUCAUCUAUUAUAGAAGGCGGCGAAGCUCAGAAGAAAUUUGGUAGCGCUAAGGCUAUCAGUUCGGAGCAAUAUUUUCAAGACAGUACUUCCGAUAAUGCGUGGGAACGUAAGAAUAAUUUACGGCGAUUCGAGGGCUCAUCCAGCAUCUCAUCGGCCGAUUAUUUUGGCGAAAACUCUCCAACCUCAUCCACAUCCUCGUUAUCCAUGCGUUUGACUGCGGGAAGAGCCGGAGUUGUAGAUCUCGAUGAUGUCCGAGAGAGCGUACGUCAAGGAGUAAACAAGGUUGCUGGGAGACUCAGCUCGCUCGCGAACGCGGCAGUUUCUUCUAUACAGGAUCGUUAUGGACUCUAAAUGAAAUCUAUCGCAUUUUAUGAGAACUGUUAUACUACUUAUUCGGACCCAGUUUUGUCCAUUGUUCAGAGUUGUAAAUAAAAGCUAUUAAUUG